GUAGCCCUGAAUAUUUUUUGUAAGUUGGGAAGUAAGGGAAGCUCUAAUGAAAUACGUAUUUAAACUUAUUUAUGCUAAAGAGAUUACUUGCUGUGCAUUUUUAAGAGCUGAGCGUAUCGAAAUGAUGUGACGACGAAAACUAUAUAUAUAUUAUAUGGACGCAGAAAAAGAGCGCAGUAAUGGCGAAAAUGGACGGGAAGGAGUGUUGUUUUCUGGAUCGGAGCAAUCAUAACCAGGCGAAUACAACGUCGCCUUCAUCAUCUCGCCCAGUGCUUUUCCUGCUCCUGGGCAUCGGGAUUGGCUAUCUUAUCACCCAGGUUCUUCUGCGGCCUAUAAUGGAUCUCAAAUCUCAUAGGACUGGCACGGAAAGAUCGACUUUACUGGCCAUCGAUUUCACCGAUGAGGUGCGAGUCUUGUGCUUUGUGUACACCAAGCCCACUAAUCACAAGACUCAGGCCAAAGCCGUCUUGGAAACUUGGGGCAGGAGGUGCAACAAGCUGAUCUUCUUCAGCAGCCGCACUGAUGCCAAUCUAUCCGGAACUGUGGCCCUGCCCGUUAGUCCCAACUACCGGGAAUCGUGGCUAAAAACGAAGAUGGCCCUGAAGUACCUCCAUGAGCACCACCUGAACGAUGCCGAUUGGUUCCUGGAGGCCGACGACGAGACCUACGUGAUAAUGGAGAACCUGCGAUACAUGGUCUAUCCCUACGGUCCACAGUUGGCCAUCUACUUCGGCUCCCCGGGCACUGCGAUGACUCGUGCUGCACUGCGUCGCUUGGUCGAGUUGGCCCUGCCCAAUCCUUCCAAGUGCGAGCCAAAGGAUGCGGGACCCACCGCAGGCAAGCUGAGGGAGUGCCUCGAAAAUGUGAAUGUGCUGGCGGGCAACACGUACGACUCCAAGGGACGCAGACGCAUGUACCUCAUCGAACCGCAGGCCAGAUCCAAUCUGUUUCUGCACUAUGACCCCAAUUUCUGGUUCUGGAAGUUCCUCGCCUACAGGACACAAGAUGGAAUUUUCGCUUGGUCCAACUAUGCCGUCUCGUUUCAUUACGUUCAGCAUCACUAUAUCCACUGUUUCGAGUAUAUGAUCUAUAGAUUAAGGACUUUUGGGCGAAAACAGAUGGUGGAAUCGCUUCCAGCUAAGUAUAAUCCCGCCGAAGAGAAGGUGCCAGAAGCACAACCUAUUGAUGCCGAGCAAGAAGUUCCAGCUGACUACGCCUACUAGAGGAUUACGCUGCAUUUCCUUCUUCUCUUUUAACAUUAUACGAGUAAUAAAACAGAAUCCAAGUUUUAAA